GUGAUUUGUGGCGCGUUAAUUCUAGCUUUUAAAUCGUAGUGUUCUGUCGAUGGCGCAUUUUUACCACGUGACUACCCAACGUCCUACUGCCGUGGUAAAAACGUGUACAGGCCAUUUUACCAGCCCAAAUGAUCUGAACUUACUGAUAUGCAAAAACACAUAUGUUGAAGUUUUUGAAGUUACAUGUGAAGGCUUGAAAUUGAUCCGAGAUGUGCCUAUUAAUGCCAAAAUCGUUGCCGCUAGUCUAUUUAGACGAAAAGAUCGUGAAACGGAUUCGUUAUUUUUACUCACUCACAAAGCUGGUGUCGCUAUCAUUGAAUGUGUGCGAAGCAAUGAUUCAGUUGAGUUUGUCACUGUCGCUUCUGGAAGUGUAGAGGAUAGAAGUGCACGAAUAAUCGACCAGGGUUUCGACGUUCUAAUAGACCCUGGUGCCAACUAUAUUGUUGUACGACUGUAUCAUGGGCUUUUAAAAAUCAUAUUACUCCAAUGUAUUGGCGAAAAAAUAGGCACUGAUUUUCUAGAUACAAACCAGUGGACUGUAAAUACAUACAGCGUGAGAAUCGAAGAAGGUAACAUUGUUGAUAUGGCCUUCAUAUAUGGCUAUAGUUUACCAACAUUUGCUAUGAUUUAUGAGGAUGAGCUUGUGUUGCAUAUGAAAACAUAUGAAAUAUAUGGACGGGAGCCCGUACUUCGCAAUGUUCAACUGACCCUAGAUUCCAUAGAACCUGAUUCUAAACUUCUUAUUCCAGUUCCGAAACCCUAUGGAGGCGUUAUUUUAGUCGGCGACAAUAUUAUAUGUUAUCAUACCAAAGAUGGACCCCAUAUAUCUCAGUACAUUCCACAAGCAAAGGCUAGCCAAGUACUGUGUUACGCUGCUGUUGAUGCACAACGUUAUUUACUGGGUGAUAUGGCUGGGCGCUUAUACAUGGUACAUUUACUCUCCGAAGAUAUUUCUGCGGCCGCUAGCAAUGGUACAAGUACCUCUGAUAGUCUUUCAGCCGUUCGAAUUGGUUCUAUCCGAAUUGAACUUCUUGGAGAAACUGCGACACCUGAAUCUAUAGCCUACCUAGACAAUGGAGUUGUAUUUAUUGGCUCAACACUUGGGGACUCACAGUUGAUUCGUUUAAAUCCUGACCCAGAUCCUGAGCGUAAUAGUUAUAUAACUAUUUUAGAAACAUAUACAAAUAUUGGACCGAUAGUUGACAUGGUCUUAUUAGAAACAAAAGGUCAGAAUCAAUUGAUCACUUGUUCAGGAGCUUAUAAAGAAGGAAGUUUACGUGUUAUACGCAAUGGAAUUGGGAUUCAUGAACAUGCUACUAUUGAUCAAGAUCUAAUUAAAGGUGCUUGGUGCUUCCCGAUUGAAUCUGAUCGUUUCGAUGAUACAAUUGUAGUAUCUAUGGUUGGUCAGACCCAACUUCUUCACCUUGCGGAUGAUGAUAUUACAGCUCUACACUUGGAAGGUUUUAAGACUGAUGAACAAACUGUUUAUUGUGCUACACUAUCACCCUCUAAUGAUUCACCUAAUCCAGAAUGCAUGGUGAUUGACGAGAAUAAUAAUACGCUAGAUCCUUUACUGUUACAAGCAACAACAAGUGGCUUACGCCUAAUUGGUAUUCAAUCACUUUGUGGCAAAGGUUGUUUAACAGAAUGGAAACCACCAACUGGACGUGGAAUCUCUUGUCUUAGCUCAUUUUGUCAUACUAUCGUUGUAGCAAGUGGGACAGAAUUAUAUGUGUUAAAAGUAGUUGGGGUAUCGAGUAAUCCAAAAUUUGAACAAGUUUCACAUAGACAAAUGUCCCAUGAAGUGGCUUGUAUUGAUCUAACUCCCUUUAAUCAUGAUCGUGCAAUUGCAGCUAUUAAUGCAGUGUCAUCAAAUUAUAUAGAUUCAACUUCAUCUUCUACUCUUGAUAAAUCUGUACCAUCUUUAGUUGCAGUCGGUUUAUGGUUAGGACAUGGUCUCGCUUUACUUAAACUUCCUAAUUUAGAACUUGUUCAUGAAGAACCUUUACCGGAGACAACAGCAUCAACUGGUACAGCUCUAUUACCUCGUUCUGUAUUGAUUGCUCAGUUAGAGGAUAUGGCUUAUUUAUUUGCUGCAAUGGGUGAUGGUACUCUUUACUUUUAUACAAUUGAUCCUUCAGAAGAUCGUGUUUGUUUACGUGAUCCCAAGCGUGUCAGUGCAGGCACUGGACCUUCAAUGUUUCUAAGACAAUGGCGUUCACAACGUAAAGUGAAUGUAUUUGUUUGCUCAAAUCAUCCUUGUGUAAUAUAUUCAAUUAAAAAUAAAUUAAUAUUUGCCAAUUUAAACUUGAAAGAAGUGAAUUUUAUGACUCCAUUAAAUGGAUUAUUUUAUAGUGACUGCAUUGCACUGGUUACUCCGACGGCACUCAUCAUUGGAUCAGUGGAUGAAAUUCAAAAACUCCACGUAAGAACUCUGCCUUUAGAGGAAACACCGAAACGCCUUGCAUUACAGUCAGAAACCAGCAGCUUAGGUGUUAUUACAUAUCGUCAAGAAAUGUUUCAAGAAGGUAUGGGAUUCAAACCUGUUCGUUCAUCGAUAUCUUUAUCACAGAAAAUUCCCAAGUCAGCUAGCCGACUUCCAAAGACUGCACCAUCUUCUGUCUCUGCUACUGAACGAAAGUUUCGUGAAAUUGAAGUUUCAUCUCUGCUCAUAUUCAAUCAAUCUAAUUUGGAAAUUCAAUUUGCACAUAAUUUCUACUUCAGUCAAACAUUAGUUGAAGUAGCUGUCAGUAUAGCUUCUGUUCAAUCUGAUAUUCAUAAUGGACCAUUGUUUGCUGUUGGCACUGCUUUCUUAGUAGAAGAUGAAGUGGAACCAUCUAAGGGACGAAUUCAUUUAUUCCGUUGGGAUCCUGAAUCUUCUAGAUUGGACACAGUUCUAGUGCAUGAUGUGAAUGGUUCUGUUUAUCGAAUAGUGGAUUUUAAUGGUCGUCUACUAGCUGCUAUCAAUAGUUCAGUACGACUUUUUGAUAUUAAAGAAGAUUCUUUACGAUUAGCUUGUAGUUUCAAUGAGAAUAUCAUUGUACUUUUUCUUCGUCGCAAAGGUGAUUUUGUUCUUGUCGGUGACUUGAUGCGUUCAUUAACAUUGUUACUAUUCAAAUCAAAUGUUAAUAAUUUUGAAGCUAUUGGACGACAUCGUCAUCCUCGUUGGACAACAUGUAUUGAAAUCCUUGAUGAUGAACAUUUUCUUGCUGCAGAAGUGGAAAAUAACCUUUUUGUCGUUUCAAGGGAUCUACCAGAAAAUACUAAAGAACCUAGUUUUCGUGCUUUAUUAUCAUCAUCGAGUGACUCAUGUGUUUUGCCAUCAUUAUCCAGUCAACUACAAUCCAAUAAUGCUUCAUCAUCAAAGACCACCGGUUCAUCAACUCAACCUGACAAUACCACUAAUGAUAAUAUUGUUGCUUCUGGCACUAGUUCUACUACAACUUCAAUGAGUUCAAUACCAUCAUCAGUAGCAGAGGGUCGAAGUGGUAGUACACAAUCAACUCGUCAUUUUCUUGAUUCUCGUCUAACUGGCAGUAAACCGAAUUCCAGUGGUGUAUCAGGUGAAAUGCAACGUCUAGUUGAUUGUGCUUAUUUUCAUACAGGAGAUUUUGUCAAUGUAUUUGUACGUGGUAAUCUUGUGCUUCAGAAUGCUGAAGAACGCUGGGCUGCUGUUGGUUAUCCUGGUCACCUUUACGGUACUGUUAACGGGGGUUUAGGUCUUCUUGUUCAAGUUUCUCCAGUUUUAUUUGCGUUUUUGAAAGAAAUCGAGUUUCGUUUGUCAAAUCUGGUUGUACCUGUCGGUGGAUUUUCACAUGAUACAUGGAGAGCUUUUAAAGCUGAUCGUGAAAUUAAGAUGUCGCAUAAUUUCGUAGAUGGUGAUCUCAUUGAAACAGUUACAGAUUUAAACAUGGACGACAAGGCUAAAUUAGUUAAAGGUUUACGAAUACCGGUGAACAUGAAUGAAUUCGGAACUGCUGGUUCAACGUGUACUUCUGAUCCUGAAACACGAGAGUGUACUGUGGAAGAUUUAGUCAAAGUUGUUGAAGAAAUGUCACGUCUUCAUUAGUAGCCAAUGUGUAGCAGAUAAAUCAUACUAAAUGUUUAUAUCGAUUUAUUUAUAUUGAUGCAGUUAUUGCUAUUCAUUGUCUUUACUUUUGCCUUUGAUGAUGAAAGCCGCUAGAUUUUUUUAAAGCCAUAUUUUGCCACCUAAUUAUUCCAAACAUUUUAAUUAUGUACAUGUUUCCUCUUUAAUAAUACACUUUUUCAUUUAAUGUAACGCCCAUAUAAAUAUAUUAGAAGUUCGUCGAGAAUUUGUCCGAUCCUUCACUACAUUGUUGGUGUUAGGGUACUGCUCUGCUGCUUAUAUUUCUUUAAAAAUAUAUUGUUUACACCAA